GGCUUGAUUUCAGAUGUAUGCACAGCGUCAACGUUGUUCAUCCUCCUCUCAGACCUUUUUGAUAUGAUCACGCUGGACCAGUGUGCCCAACUCUUCAAGUACCUCGAUAAAAACGUCGAAACCUGGAAGAGUGAGAUGUUUUACAACGCAGGAAAAAAUUAUCUGCUCCGUAUGUGCAAUGAUUUGUUGAGAAGACUAUCCAAAUCAAGGAAUACAGUAUUUUGUGGUCAGAUCCAACUUUUUUUGGCUCAUCUCUUUCCCUUGGAAGAAAAAUCAGGUUUGAAUUUGAUGAGUAACUUCAACAUGGAGAACAUGAUCAGUUACAACAAAAAUCCGGAUCAGUGUGAAUUCAAUAAGAAAAAAAUAUGCAAGUAUUUUUGCGUUGUUUCAAUUGAAUUUGUCAUAAUGGUUAACACAUUUGAUGCAUUAAUCAUCCUCAGUGACAUCACAAUCGACUACAACUUGUACAAAAAGUUCUGGACGCUGCAAGAAUAUUUUAAAAAUCCAACUCGAUGUUACGGCACUGGGGCUUGGAAGACUUUUACAGGGUGUGCAAGUGGUGUGUUCGGAUGCUUCAAAAGUUUCAAAUUGAGUCAGGUGAAGAUGCCCGCAGACAAUCAAAAAAAUCAGAACUUCAAGCAGGAGUGUUGUUUUGCAAAAUAUUUAACCAGUGAUAAACUCUUCAACUUGCAACUCAGCGACAGCAACUUCCGGCGAAAUGUAUUGGUCCAAUUUCUAAUUCUCUUCCAAUACUUAACAUCACACGUCAAGUUCAAACUUUCAGGGCACGUCCUCAGCGAGGAUCAAAUCUCCUGGAUAGCUGACGCCACAAAAACAGUUUACGAGCUGCUCGAGGAGACACCAACUGAUGGAGAACUGUUCGCAAAAACUGUCAAACAUACUUUGGAUCGUGAAGAAAAUUGGAUCGCUUGGAAGAAUGAUGGUUGUGCCUCUUUCAUAAAGAAGAAAAACGCACCGACACAAAACAUCGUACCUCCACACAACAGUAGAAAAAGAAAUAUUGGAAUGGACUUGAAAUCGAAUUCAAAAGUGAUGAAGUUAGGCAAUCCUGAAAUGACCAAGCUGUGGAACCUCUGUCUGGACAACGAACUGGCCUGCAAAUCACAGGACAGGAAUUUUGUUGCUGACAUGAGUGUGUACUUCAGCCAAGCCAUGGAGCAGCUGGAUCCAAGUGCCUCCAUUGAAGAGAGCUACAAGUUGAUCAACAAUUCAACUUUUGCAUGGAAGUCUCUAAGGCUUUUAGCGAGUCAAAGUCCUGCAUUCUUCUCUCAAAUGCACGCAAAUGCAACUCCGAUUAAAAAUAUUCCUCGCUAUUUAGAACUGAUGUUAAACAAACUGAACAAAGAGCUACCUGUAAUCAUUGAGGAUAAGAAGAUUACUGAAAAUAAUACUGGCAGCGAAAGCAGCUCUCAAGAAAACGACGAUGAGAUGAUGGCUUCUGACGAACAAUUUCAAGAUUUUGUCGUCAAAAUUGGCAACAACUGGAAAGCUCUGGCGAGGAUUGUUCUGAAGGACGAAGGCGUGGUCAAAGAGAUAGAAGAACAGAAUCUACCAAGCGAUGAGUCAUGUUUCGAAGUCAUUGAUGAAUGGAAGGUAACGGGAUGA